AUGUCGAAUUUGUCAAAGCUUGAGUUUGUGGCACUUGACAUUUCUGAAAAGAAUUGUCUAUCAUGGGUUCUUGAUGCUGAGAUUCACUUAGCCGUUAAAGGCCUAGGUGACACUAUUACUCAGGGUUUGAAGGUUGAAUAUUUGACAGUGAACGAUCCACUUGAAUUGUGGACUGACCUGAAGGAAAGGGAUGUUAUGAAUGAUGAGGAUUUGUUGGCAAAGACUCUUACGACUUUUCAUGCCUCAAAUACGGUAUUACAACAGCAAUACCGUGAAAGGGGUUUUAAAAAGUAUUCUGAAUUGAUCUCAUGCCUUCUGAUGGUUGAGCAACAUAAUACCCUUUUGCUAAAAAAUCAUGAAGCCCGUCCCACAGGGUCAGCUCCGCUUCCUAAAGCGAAUAUGGUAGCUAGAUGUGAUAAGUAUGGAAAAAGACAGAAUAAUAAUCAUGGCCAUAUGAAUGUACGUAGGCAUGAUAAUGGUAAGAGACGAUAUAAUAGUCGUCAUCGUGGUGGUCAUGGAAAAUGA